GUCAGGUUUCCAGGGCGACUGGUGGUGCACGUGUCUGGUAUAAAUUCGGGAGGCAAGAGGCGGAACCUGUACUGGCACUGCAGCAUCUCACGAGAAGGCUCACUACCACACCCUACUCAAUCGCAACUAUGUCGGAGAAGCUAAGUGUUGGAAUCAAUGGAUUCGGCCGUAUUGGCCGCCUGGUCCUGAGGGCCUGCCUCCAGAGGGGCAUCAAAGUAGUAGCCAUCAACGACCCUUUCAUUGACCUGCAGUACAUGAGUUACAUGUUCAGGUAUGACAGCACACAUGGACGUUACCCUGGGACGGUCGAGUAUUCUGAUGGAAAGCUGGUUAUUGACGGCCAUGAGAUCUCCGUGUUCCAGUGCAUGAAGCCCUCAGAGAUUCCCUGGGGAGACGUUGGCGCUGCCUAUGUGGUGGAGUCCACCGGAGUCUUCCUCACCGUAGACAAAGCCACUGCCCACAUCCAGGGCGGAGCCAAGCGUGUGGUGGUGUCUGCCCCCUCCCCCGACGCCCCCAUGUUCGUCAUGGGCGUGAACCAUGAAAAGUACAACAACAGCAUGACGAUCGUCAGCAAUGCAUCCUGCACCACUAACUGCCUGGCUCCCCUGGCCAAGGUCAUUAAUGACCACUUUGUCAUCGAGGAGGCCCUCAUGACCACCGUUCACGCCUACACGGCUACCCAGAAGACAGUGGAUGGACCCUCCGCCAAGGCGUGGCGCGACGGGCGUGGCGCUCACCAGAACAUCAUCCCAGCAUCCACCGGGGCCGCCAAGGCCGUGGGCAAGGUCAUCCCUGAGCUUAAUGGGAAGCUGACGGGAAUGGCGUUCCGUGUGCCCGUGGCCGACGUGUCCGUGGUGGACCUCACCUGCCGCCUGAAGAAGCCCGCCUCCUACGACGCCAUCAAGUCCGUGGUGAAGGCCGCGUCCGAGGGACCCAUGAAGAAUGUGCUGGGAUACACGGAGGACAGCGUCGUCUCCUCAGACUUCAUUGGAGACAUCCACUCCUCCAUCUUUGAUGCUGGCGCUGGCAUCUCCCUCAACGACAACUUUGUCAAACUGAUUUCCUGGUAUGACAAUGAGUACGGCUACAGCAACCGUGUGGUUGAUCUCAUGCUGCACAUGUGGUCCCAGGAGUAAAACCCAGAGGCUCAGAAGAAGCUCCCUGCCCCCUUCACAUGCACUCACACCCUCCAUAGCCAAGCCAUAGUCACUCCUUAGCGACCCCCCUCUACAAGACGACACUAGUCUCUGUAGUAGUCUGUGUGUACGAGUGUUUUGUUUUUCCGUUACGAAAGACUUGGAGGCGAUAUUUGGCUUGACGGUAUUUGUCUUUGUUGCCCCAAAAGCACUGUUGUAGAUGUUUCCAUACUGGGUGUAACCAUGUUAUUAUCGAUGUUAAACUAAAGUUUAAAAUAAGCAAGAAAAGCGAGUGUAACUGAGCUUCAAGGUAAUAAAUUUUAAGUCUUAACAGAAAA